GACAGCCCCUGGCUCCGCUCCAUUGCUGACGAAAGCUGCUUAGACCCUCAGUUGCCAUGGCGACCAGCUGGAGCAGCCAGAGGAGAGGAGCAGAGAGAAAGAGAGGGAGGGCGGAGGCUAGAGAGGGAGGAACAGAAUGAGAGAGAGAGAGAAAGAGGGAGCGCUUGAAAAAAAGAGCAAUAGACAGAGGGAGGGAACGAGAGUGGAGACGGAGAUACACAUUGCUAGCAAAAUCAGUCUAUAGAAAUAUAAAGGGAAAAGGUAAUUUAUUUAUUUAUUCUCAUCAGAGUUGUAUUUCAUUCAUCUGAGUGUGAGGUUACAAAGAGAAAGUGUGAGGGUAGACCAAGACGUCGAGACGAAAGAAAAGACACACUGCAGUGGAGCUGGAAUAUGGAUGCACAGUCUGAGAGCUGUGAACCACCGCCAUGUGAUCCUCAGCCUCCAGGUAAAAUCAGAAAAGCCUUCAAACUGUUCGGCAAGCGGAAGCCUGGGAGCAGCGUCGCUAGCAUCUUCUCCAUGCGUGGGAAAGGAGAUGGAGGCCCUAAAUCACCGCCGUCAAUAAGCAAAACCCUGGAUGGAUUAAAUGAGCCUACUGCCCCAGAAGCAGAGGCAGAGCAGGUGGAUCUUGACCAGGAGGAUGAGAGUCAACAGGAGGAUACCCCAAUGGAGGAGUUCACAAGCGGAAACAUGAAUUCAGAAACCACCCCUACUCGGCAGUCCAUCUCUUCGCUCACCUCUGCUAAGUCUUUGAGCUUCCUCAACAUGCUUCGCAAAGGCCGGCGGGGACUGACGGGAGAACGGCAGGCUCAGACCGAGUCUCAGAGGCCUGGACGCCAACGGAAGGGACUAAAGGGAUUAUUUGGUACCGUACGCUGGCGUGGUAAAGAGAAGGAGGAUGAGGAGGAGGAUCAACCUGGCCCUCCCCUUCUUGCUUCCCGCUCCAACAGUGUUGAGAUUAUAAAGGAGAGUCUCACAUUAACACCUGGGCCUCCGCCUCGCUCUGUGGAGGAGACAGAGGAAAAGCAUCAGCUUCUUACACUGCAAGAGGGCCCUACGUCAUCAGAGGACUCUGCAAAGGUGAGCGGGGUGAACAAACCUCAAACAAAUGAACGCUUAAGCACACUGCUCGGAGAUAUUUCAUCAAUUUUGAGCUUUGAUUCACUGACGGCAUGUGGAGAUAUUGUAGCAGAUGUUGAGGCGGAAUGGGUCAAAGCUAGCAGUAGAAUGGUGGGAGCACCUAGCACACAGAAAGUGGAUAAUUCUGAGAAGACUUCAUCUUCUGCAACUUCUACCACAUCAAAGCCUAGCCCUUCUCCUACUUCUACUCUAAGCCCCACCACCUCCUCCAAACCUUCCCCUACUUCAGCAACCAAACCCACCCCUUCACCUACCACCACCAAACCUAUUCCCAGCCCUUUGACAAAACCUCCAAUAACCUCAACGUCCUCUCCGGUGACCAAAAUGUCACCGUCUAUCCCUACUGGCCCCAUUAUCCCAACCCCAACAUCCAGCCCUCUCGCUAAACCCACCCCUACAUCAUCAGCUAUGCCCAUAACCCAGCCUACACCAACUCCUAUCCCAAUACCUCAAGCCACUGCAACUUCAACUACUCCAAUUAUCCAACCUACACCAACCCCUUCAUCUGUCGCCAUUACACAGCCUGCCCCUGUCCCUUUAUCAAGCCCCACAACCAAACCUACCACUUCCCCAGCUAAACCUGCCCUGUCCCCCGAAUCUAGCCCUGAAAUCAAACCUGCCACAAUAUCUAGCUCCACAACUACCCCCAUGACCAAACCUAUCUCAACCUCUACACUCAUUCCUCUGUCUAUCUCGACCACUACUUCUGAAACCUCCCCCUCACCCACAAUUAGUUCUACCCCUGAAACUGCUGCUGUUACCAAAACUGAACCUGCCCCAACCCCUGUGACUAAACCUACCCAAGCAUCAACCCCUGCAACAAAACCCACGAGCAUUACCCACGAAUCCAAACAUACUGCGUCUACCUCUGCAACCAAAUAUACCCCCUAUCCACCACCAUUUGGUAAACCUACCCCAGCCCCUGCACCAACACCAAGACCAAAACUUGUAACAACAUUUGGAUUAUCGACAAGCCGAAACACUGCUCCUAUUUCCAAGCUUGAGACAAAACAACCCACAGGACAAACUUCAAAAUCUAGUACCCACCCUGGAACAGCAUCUGUAAGAAAAGCCUCCAUCUCUGAAACGACUGCUCCUGUUGCUAAACUUCCAUCUGCUGUUGCCCUGUCACACUCUACAUCCACGCCUGCCACCCUGAAAUCCCCCACAGUUACCUCCACACCACACAUUCCUGCCCUGAAGUCUCCUCCAGGUAUUACUCCAUCCUUCAUUUCUUCAAAAAGAGCAGAUGAUGAUGUCAUCACGGAUUUGAGGGAGGACCUGUUAAGACAAGAAGGAACUGACAAUAGAGACUCAGUGGCUUCUCAAAGCGUCAGCAAGGCUGUGAAAAGGGGCCCUGCAGUGAAGCCCACAACUCUGAGCAAGAUCCCUAUUAGUGGUGGAGGCAGACCUGCUAAGCUGCAACAUCGAGAUUCCCAGCCCAAUGGAGAUGAGGACCACUCAAAUCUACCAACACCGGUACAUGAAGAGGGAAGUCCAUUCACUCUCUCACGGGAAAGCAGCAGCAAAGAGGCCCUCAGCGAUGUCUCCACAGAAUCGGGGGCUGUCACCCCAACCCUCUCCCACAGCCAAGAGGAUAUUCUUGAUGGCAAACUUAGUCUCCAGACACAUCAGGCAGCUAGUGCCACAAGCUUAAUCCGGGAGUCCAAGAUCCCCAUCAAACACGGAUCUACUGCAACCUACCAUUCUGUGCAGGGGAGGGCAGAAGCUGCACGUUCCAAGAUACCAGUGUCCAAAAUGCCCGUUCGUCGGACCAGCAAUAAGCCUGCACCAACAGCUACAGCUGCCAUCACCCGAAAAUAACUGAUUUUCUAAUCCUGUCUAUGACAAAACACUGAAACAUUCCACUUGCAACAGAUUUCUCAAGAUAUACUUUUUUAAUAUAUUUGGUCAGGCAUCACUGUGCCUGGUUUACGCCUUUUUACAGCAAAUAUCCUCACAGGAACAACUGGAUUGUUAUCAUUAUUUGAACUAUUUUACACACCGGUGUUAAUCACAAAGUUCUUUUAUCAGCUGGGUGUUUCUAUUCAUAUCACUCUCGAACAGACUAAAGCUGUGGAUUCAACUCUGUGUGCCACCAGGAACAGAUGCACAUGCACAGGCCCUGUCUAAAUGAUCCCCAUGGCAACCAAACAUGCAAAUUAAACGGCAGGCACUGAAGCACAAGAGCCCUCACCUGGAAUCCAAAGCCAUGUAGACCAUCUCUGAAGAAACAAAUCAAUGCAUCCAUCCAUUAUUUCCGGCAUCAUCCAUAAUGGUCUUUUGUGGUAAUUAAAAGCCUCAGAGAAGAAACAAGCAAUCCAACAUUGAGUCUUGUGAUUUUCAUCCAGGUCUACAACACCAGAGGGGCUCAGUAUCAGCACAAAGGUGCUUUUUUCUAAUCUUUCUUGCCUGCCACACAGAAAAAAAAAGUUUUGUUACAGAGCAAUGGAGGGAUCUUUGUAGCCUUUGUUACUUGGCCUUCUUUUUUUAGAUUUUCUUGUCUUGUGUCUUUUUCCAAAUUUUACUUUUUCAAGUGAAUUUUGUGGAUCAAUGUUAGUCUUCUUGGAGCUCCCACGUGUUGUAUGCAAACAAACAGAAUAUCUUACCUGUACAGUUCAUGCCAAGACAGGAUAUUCCACAGCAUCUUUUGAAUGUAUGUAGCAGAACGCAUGCCCUACUUUUUCAACAAGAAGAGCCAUCGCACUCCACUUCCUCUCCCCACAGAUGUCCUUUUCUCGCUGUUUUUUAAACACUGUGUAAAGUCACACAGUGCCUGUCAGCUGUAACAAAUGUGUAUGUAACAUGUCAUCGAAGAACCAUGAGGCAUAUGGAUCUAACUCUUCUUUCUGCCUGCACUGAACAUUGUGUGAGACUGCAUUAAAGAAGUCUAAGGACAGUAGAGGUGAUGUUUCACAGGCAGAUGGUGUUAUAGGUAAGCUAAGACAUUCAUGGAUGACAGUGGUGUCAAGUUUUGGAUGAAUAGAUCCUUCUUUUCUUUUGAAGUUGCCAUCACAUGCACAUGUUUAAUAGAGGACUAUUUUUGUGUGUAUGAGUGUGUAUAUGUGAAUGAGUGGGUGUGAUUAUCUUAAUGUCACAUUGUUUCCUAUUUAAUCAAUAAAAUGUGAUUAUACUUAGAACGA